AUGAACUCGACACGCGAUCCAUUCAACCUCCGAAGCAAAGCAACAUUCAAGACACCCUCCGCCUUCGCUGUCCUCCAGAACGCCGCCAACAAGAAAGCCUCACAAGCCGUCGAAUCGACCAAGCAGGCGGUCGAGGCCACGAAACAGGCGAUCCAGGACUCAGACAUGUCCUUCACCAUCCCGCGCAACGUACCCAACUUCGAGAGCGCGCAACGCAAGUUUGAAGAUAAUGUUUGGAACAAACUACCGGGAAACGAGAAGGGCUUGCCAAUGUAUAAGGACAAGCCUUCAGGGAAGGUAUACGGAUAUGGCGGCGGUGGCGCGAGGGGGAGGAGAGGCUUUCUGAAGAGUAAGAGGGGCAUGUCAGUAAUAGCACUGGUCGUGCUCGGGCUUUUCUACUGGUUUGGAUGGUCAAGUGGAGGGACAAGUGUGGAUAUGGUGCAAGAUGAGAAGGACAAGGGGAAGAGCUUACUGUCAAACAUGGGCGGAAGCGCUGCCGGAAAGAAGGGCAAAGUUGACUGGGAGAAGCGGAGACAAGCAGUAAAGGAUGCCUUUCUAUUGAGCUGGAACGCAUAUGAGGAGCACGGCUGGGGCUACGACGAGUACCAUCCCGUUUCGAAGAAGGGUCGAUACAUGGCAGAGCCCAACGGCCUGGGCUGGAUCAUCGUGGACGCCCUCGAUACGCUCAUGAUCAUGAACCUGACAAAGGAAGUCAACCACGCGCGUCAAUGGAUUGCAACAAGUCUCGAUUACGACAAGAAGCAAGAUGUCAAUACCUUCGAAACGACUAUACGCAUGCUUGGUGGUCUGCUGUCUGCACACUACUUGCAAGAGACACUUCCGGGCCUGAAGCCCGAGAAUCAGAACGAAGAGGACCUGUUCUUGGAGAAAGCAACCGAUUUGGCCGACCGUCUCAUGGGCGCGUACGAGUCACCUUCGGGUGUUCCGUGGGCCAGUGUCAUUCUCAGAGAUGCCAAAGGCGAGGCCUCGCACGCUGACGGUGGUGCGUCUUCUACAGCUGAAGCAACUACCCUGCAACUUGAGAUGAAAUACUUGGCCUUCAUUACCGGUGAGAAACAUUACUGGGAUGUAGCUGAAAAGGUGAUGCAAGUCGUUGACAACAACGGUGCUAAAGACGGUCUUCUACCUAUUUUCAUCUAUGCAGACAGAGGAACCUUCCGCGGCAACGAGAUACGAUGGGGCAGUCGUGGUGACAGUUACUACGAGUACCUUAUCAAGCAGUACCUCCAGACCCAGAAGCAAGAACCAAUCUAUCAAGAGAUGUGGAAUGAGUCGCUCAACGGCGCAAAGAAGCAUCUUCUCACCUAUACGAAAAACAGCCACUUUACUGUGUUAGGAGAGCGACCAAACGGAAUUGAAGGGAAAUUGCACCCCAAGAUGGACCACCUGGUCUGUUUCCUGCCUGGUACUAUCGCCCUAGCAGCAACCGGUGGCAUUCCUCUCGCUGAUGCGCGCAAGCUACCCACCUGGGGCAAAGCACAAGAGGAAGACAUCACCCUCGCUCGCGAACUCACAAAGACUUGUAUGGGCAUGUACAAAGUAACCGCCACAGGUCUCGCGCCUGAGAUUGCGUAUUUCGAGCUGGACGACCCACCAAAGAUGUACCGCACCGAGAUCUUAACAUCCAAGUCUGAGCUCGACACCGGUAUCCCCGAUGGUGAAGGCUGGAAGGGCGAUUUUGAUCUCAAGCCAGCUGAUACACACAACCUCCAGCGACCAGAGACUGUUGAAUCUCUCCUAUACAUGUGGCGUAUAACCGGCGACGACAUCUACCGCGAAUGGGGUUGGGACAUGUUCGAAGCUUUUGUCAAACACACUAUCGUAGAGGACAAUGGUGGUUUCUCUAGCAUUGGCGAUGUCACAAAGAUACCUCCUCCAUCGCGAGACAACAUGGAGAGUUUCUGGCUUGCUGAGACACUGAAGUACAUGUACCUUCUCUUUUCCCCUAACGAUCUCCUUCCUCUCGAUCAAAUCGUCCUCAAUACUGAGGCUCAUCCUUUCCCUCGCUUCGAUGCAAGCCACAAGCGAUUCAAGACGGGUUGGGAACGUAUACCGCGCGAUGAUCAGGGCAACCUCGUGCCCAAAGAGACCAAGCCUGACGAGAAGAAAAUUUAG